GUCAGCUACUUUCAAAGACCUUGUUUAGAAGAAGGAAUACUCUGAUAUGGAAGUGUCUGUGUCUCAUGUGCUUCAUAUGAAUGGUGGAACGGAAGACUCAAGCUAUGCUGCCAACUCCUUGCUGCAGCGGAAGGUGAUAUCAAUGACUCGUCCCAUAAUAGAGGAAGCCGCUGUGGGGCUCGUCAGUAGCUCGAGUUUCUCCGGAAGGCAUCUAGCCAUCGCCGAUCUGGGAUGCGCUUCAGGACCCAACACUCUAUUCGCCAUGUCAGAGCUCAUCAAAGCAGUGGCCAAGGUUAGCAGGGAGUUAGGCCAUGAAUCUCCCGAGUUUCAGGUUUUCCUGAAUGACCUCCCGGGAAAUGACUUCAACAGUGUCUUCAGGUCCUUACACGGGUUCAAAGAAAAGAUGAAACGCGAAUUGCGGAUCGAGUCACCGAUGCUCUUCAAUGGAGUGCCUGGGUCUUUCUACGGCAAGCUUUUCCCAUCCGACAGUCUUCACUUCAUUCACUCGUCCUAUAGCCUCCACUGGCUAUCUCGGGUUCCUCCCGGUCUGGAAGAGAUGAAUAAGGGAAACAUUUCUGUUGGGAGCAGUAGUCCCUCAAGUGUUUUAAAAGCCUACUACGCUCAAUUCCAGACAGAUUUCUCGUUCUUUCUGAGCUGCAGGGCACAAGAGCUGGUACGAGGAGGACGAAUUGUUUUUACAUUACUGGGAAGGAGAUCUCAAAGUCCUUCCACCAUGCACUACUUUUAUGUCCACCAACUCUUGUCUGUGGUCCUAAAUCAAAUGGCAUCCGAGGGAUUGGUAGAUCAAGGGAAACUGGACUCCUUCAAUCUCCCAACUUACAUGCCAUCCCCAACGGAAGUAGAAUCCGAAGUCCAGAAACAGGGCUCUUUCGCCAUCGAGCGUCUGGAGGUUUGGGAAUCUAGUUGGAAUCCCUAUGAUGGAGAAGUAAACUUGCCUGAAUCCCGACAAGACGCCGGGCACAAUGUGGCCAGGUGCAUUAGGGCGGUGAUGGAGCCACUACUGGUCCGUCAGUUUGGUCCGCAACGGAAACUUAUGGACGAGAUAUUCAUGAGAUACAGAGUGAUUCUCUCGGAUUGGAUGGCCGAAGAGGAAGCUAACUACGUCAAUGUCACUGUCUCGCUAAGUAAGCCCUAGUGAUCCAGUAGGCAGGCAUAGAUUUGCUGCCUACAAUCUUGCCCGUUACUCUGUGGAACUGAGCAUCGCCGGAAACUGGAAGGCUUACCGAAAACGUGAUGUCAGGGCCGCUGGAGAGUCCAGGGAUAAUUUGUCUUGACGUUGGAUUUUGGUGAAUGUCAUCUCACCCUGGAACCAUAUCGGACAAGAAGAUAGACACCACCUAGAGAGAGGAGUCCCGAGUCCGCCGCCAAUAAUUGUCAGCCGUAAGAAAGUGUGGUUUUCACUUUAGGAGAUUGUCACCCAACCAUACCAAACAAGCUCCCAUUGUAUUUUAUAUUUUUUUUCAUCAAUUCUGGCCAUUUUUCCUACGUAAACAGCGAUUUUUCGAUCGAUAGCGGGAAAUAAUAGGUCAAAGGCAUAAUGUCUCAAUUCCUAUAUUAGAAUUAUU